GCAGACUGUCUCCUCCUCAUCACGGCUCAAGGCUGGAGGUGUCCCCACUGCUCCCUCUUGUCUUCACUGUCGAGCUCUUUUCCGGCGGAUUAGCUGAAUCUAAACGCUCAGUUUCUCCUCAGCCAGUCAGCUUGCUCCCUGUUCUUCUGCCUCAUCACUUUAUUCCCCUCAACUUUUAUCUCCACCUGCAGAAUAAGGACCCCAGAUGUCAUGAAGCUCAAUCUUCCAAAUUAAACAUGAUAAUCAACAUUCUAAAUACUGGCAUACUGGGAAGAAAUGUGAAAAUCAAUUUUAGGCUCCUGAUGUGCCAGUAAGACAUUUUUAUGGGAAGACAGACUUUUUCCUGAUUGAUGCCAUGGAUGAUUGAUUUUGGAAGUGCUCUUGAGGGUGCUGUAAACACAGAGCUGUUUCCAAAAUGAGCGAACAAGGAGAGCCCUUCGGUGAGGGGGAGUUAAGGAAUAACAACCAGCAGGGAGGUGUGCCGACUGAUGGUGACGCCAAUGCCAAUGAAAUCCGAACAGAGGAUGGUGGGAUGAUGGGGGAUACCGGCACUCUGUCUGGGCUGAUGACUGAAACAGCAGAGCAGGACAAAGUCAUCAUCUGGGGGACAGACUCGCAGUGUGACGAUCCCGAGCUGGCUGAGUUUGAGAUGCUGGAGUGUCAGGAGCUGGAGGCCUACCUGGUUGAGGACGGAGAGGACUUUGUCGGCCUUGCGGAUCGGAAGGAGCUUCAAGAACAGCCGUCAUCAUGCAGGAAAGCUACAGUGACGGAUAAUAAGAGCAGGGAAGAGAGAAAGUGUAAUCUGCAUGGCGCCAGUGAGCAGGAGUCCAUUGCUUCUCAUGUCUCUGAGAGCAGAGAGGCUUCCAGGACUGAGCUAAGCUCAGAAACCGAUGUCUUUGUGACCUGUCUGUCCACCAUUUCAAGCAUGGACACUACUAUAGACACUGCUGGCAGGACCCAGACAACAGACUCCUGGUACGUCCCCUCUGGUCCUUACUCAAGCAUCUCAGAAGACUUGACUCUGGUUUCCCAGACUGGCAACACUGUCGCUGAGAGAGGCAAGGCCUCUCAAAAAGCCGAUCGUUCUUCCCUGUCCUCUAGAAAAAGCACAGUAAGCAGGAAAGACGUUGACAUGAAUUUGAACUCAACAGUUCUCUCAGAGGAUGUGGUAUCACAGGGACAAGUGAGCAAUGGAGUUUUUAAGGAUGUCAUUGAUGAGCACAGGAAGAACAAUAACGAGAGAAAUAAGGCAGGGACCACCAUUUCAGAGGGAGACUGUGAUCGAAAGAGAAGUACAGAGCACAAAGGAGUAACCACUACAGACACAUCACAUGAAGAAAGCAGCACUAAAAUGGAUAAAAGCACACAAGCGGAUGAGGCCCCCAUUGCCAACUGCAGCCCACUCAAAACAGGUACAAAGGGGACUCAGUCAUCAGUUGAAUCCAAAGCCAUAAAGAAACAAGGAUCAUUUGAUAACUCAUUGAAAAAACAAAACUCUUUUGACAAGGGUUUUAAAAAGCAGCCAUCAUUUGACAACACUUUAAAGAAGCAGCUCUCCUUUGAUAACACCUUAAAAAACCAAGGCUCUUUUGAGAACGUCACCUCCAGCUCUUCAAGUCUGGAAAGGAGGAAGCCAUGGGGAAGCCCCAGCCGACCAGCGACUCCUACUUCCCCUAAAAUAACCUCCUCUUCCCCCAAGAAACGUCCUCCUGGUUCUCCAGCCAAGGUCCAGAGCAUCAGGGCACUGAGCUUAGAGCGCAGCGACUCCCCUCAGAGGGGUUUAAGUCAAACAGUCAGAACACCAGCUAAGACAAACUUGAGCAGUUGCAUCCCCAAACCUGUUGGGUCUCAGCAGAAAGAGCUGGAACCCAGGAGGUCCUCUCCACCCCAGAAGCCUAAAAAUGUCCGCCCAAAAAUCAUCACCUACGUUCGAAAGAAUCCUCAAGCAAAACCACAAGUGACAGAUGCCCCAAUGGAAACCACCACACUACCGCUGGCUUCUUACUGCAGCCCACCAGCUCAUAAAGAUUCAAAGGCUGGUCCUCAACCUAAAUCCACGCCGGUCCUAUGUUCCUCCAACCUGCUGUUUGACAAAUAUCGACAGGAGAUGCAGAAGGCAGGGUACUAUCCUUCUGGCAUGGCUGCGACUGGGGGGAAACCACCAGGCAGCACCAACCCUCAAAGGCUGAGCGGGAAGUCGGGCAGUUUUCAUGAGGAUACACCUGAGAAAUAUCUCCAAGAGCAUGUUUCCCAAGAGGGAGGUAGUGUCUACCGCUCACCCAGAGCUCUGAGGCCUCAGCUGGGGUUAGGGGCUGUAACUAGGCAGCCUGCAGCCAAGACAAGAGUUCAGCACACAGGUCAAAGGUCAGCCCUGGCCCCAGGCCAGUCUGCUCAAGGCUACCAGGACCCUACAGGAGAGUACAAGAGGUCGGGAGAAAGAGGUCCAGAAACCACCCCCAAGAGUGUCCUGCUCAAACCAGGCCAGUCCGGUCUCCGUCCUCCAGGCUUCUCCGCCCUGCCAGCUGCCCGUCUGGCCGCCUUUGGCUUCGUCCGGAGCUCCAGUGUUUCGUCUGUGUCCAGCAACCAGUCUAAUGAGAGCAGUCACAGUGAUCCCUGCCGACCCUCUCCCAAUCUCAGCAGUGGCAGUGAUGACACACCUCUCCUCAAAGCCACAGCACCCCCCAGUGAGGCCUCCCACGCUCAUAGCCGGCCUCAGCCUCCCAACGCCCCCAGCCUCCAGCGCCGUAGUUUGCCACCACAGCGCUCCUCCCCGCUCGCCUCUAGGAGAGAGAUGCAGAAGGACACAGAGGCUGCGGUGCCACCAAAGUCCUCUCCUAAAAGAUUUGCAGUGGUUUCGCCCAAGCCCCAGUCCCCUGUUCGUGGGCGGACAGCAGCAGGUCAAGGUGCUGUUCGGACUGACAGGGCCCAGGAGUUGGACCGGUCCCUGAUCCAGCAGCUGCGGAAACGUUGUGAGCAGCAGGACCUACAGCUGCAGAGCCUUCAGGCCCAGUUAAAGAAGGCCUUUCUGUGCCUGGAUGUUUUCAGCAUCACUACCCAGCACUUCUGUCACAAGAGUGAGAGUGCCAUUGUGAAGGAGAGGGAACUGUCCCUGGAGCUCGCCAGAAUCAGGGAUGAAGUGGCUUUCAGUGUUGAACACUGGGAGCAACUGCAGCAGGAGAAGGAGGAACUGGAGCGUCGUUUUGAGGCUGAGCUGCAGGGAUUGCGGGCUCAGCAGCAGAAGGAGCUGGGACUGCUGGAGGAGCGGCUGAAGGCACAGCACGAGGCAGAGACUGAGAACCUGCAGGCCCAACAGCGAGCCGAGCUAGAGGAGCUACGGGUCUAUCACCUAAAUUACAAAAAAAACACAUAAUGUCUUAUUUACCCUCUCCAGAUUGAGGAGAUGAGUGAGAACCAUGAGGCUUCCUUGAUGGAGAUAGAGACAGCUCACAAUGACACACUGGCCACUCUGCAGGAGGAGCAUGCCAGGACGGUGGAGAAUCUGAAGAUGGCCCAUGAACAGCAGACAAAGUCUCUGGAGGAAGAGUUUGAGAAGAUCAGACUGUCACUGCAGGAUCAGGUGGACACGCUGACAUUUCAGAAUCGUAGCCUCAGAGAUCGAGCAAAGCGUUUUGAAGAGGCUCUGCGCAAGAGCACAGAUGAGCAGAUUGUGGAUGCUUUGGCACCAUACAAACACAUUGAUGAGGACCUGAAGAGUCUCAAAGAAGUUCUGGAGAUGAAGAACCAACAAAUUCAUCAACAGGAACUGAAGAUCUCAGAACUGGAGAAAAUACAGGCUGAAAAGAAUGUGUACCUGGAGGAGAGACUGCAGGUGUUACAGCAACAAAACGAGGACCUGAAGGAAAGGAUAGACAAGAACCUUGCUGUGUCCCGGCAACUCUCGGAGGAUAAUGCCAACCUGCAAGUAAACGUGGAGAAGGAAACCAACGAGAAGAAGCGUCUGAGUCGCACUAAUGAGGAGCUGCUGUGGCGUCUUCAGACGGGCGAGCUGAGCCCUCACAUGUCCCCCAGCUCCUCCCCCAUCCAUCGACACACAUCUGGACCAGGGUCUCCAGCCCGCCCACACUCCUACCAUCAAUGA